UAUAUGGUCCGUCUCUGAUUAAGAUCUCUCCCUCAUCUCUCUGUUUUGGUUCUUCGCUCCUUGUCGAGGUGCCAAAUUCCCAAUUUCAAACCCUAGAUUUUCACAUCAGAUCUAAAUUCAAUAUCGAAAUAGUUGGAUCUGAUCUAGUUUGAUCGAAAAUGCCAUCUGUAUAUGGAGCUAGAUUAACAACAUUCGAAGAUGAAGAGAAAGAAAGCGAAUACGGAUACGUUCGUAAGGUAUCAGGUCCAGUCGUGGUUGCCGAUGGAAUGGCAGGAGCUGCUAUGUACGAACUUGUACGUGUUGGUCAUGACAGUCUUAUUGGGGAAAUUAUUCGAUUAGAAGGAGAUUCUGCUACCAUUCAAGUAUACGAAGAAACAGCUGGUUUGACAGUGAAUGACCCUGUUUUACGAACCCACAAGCCUCUUUCAGUGGAGUUGGGACCUGGAAUUUUAGGAAACAUUUUUGACGGAAUUCAGAGACCAUUGAAAACCAUUGCCAGACUAUCUGGUGAUGUCUACAUCCCCCGUGGUGUUGCUGUCCCUGCUCUUGACAAGGAUAUAUUGUGGGAGUUCCAACCUAAGAAAUUAGGCGAGGGAGAUAAUUUAACUGGUGGAGACUUGUAUGCUACCGUCUUUGAGAACAGUUUGAUGCAACAUCACAUUGCACUUCCACCUGAUGCUAUGGGAAAGAUCACCUACGUUGCCCCAGCUGGUCAAUACUCACUGAGUGAUACUGUGCUAGAGCUUGAGUUUCAAGGUGUUAAAAAAUCAUUUACCAUGCUUCAGACGUGGCCUGUCCGUACUCCAAGACCUGUUGCAUCAAAACUUGCCGCUGAUACACCUCUUCUAACUGGGCAGCGUGUUCUUGAUGCUCUUUUCCCCUCAGUUCUUGGAGGUACUUGUGCCAUUCCUGGAGCUUUUGGUUGUGGAAAGACAGUCAUUAGUCAAGCUCUUUCUAAGUACUCUAACUCUGACACCGUGGUUUACGUUGGUUGUGGAGAAAGAGGAAAUGAGAUGGCUGAGGUUCUUAUGGAUUUCCCUCAAUUGACCAUGACAUUGCCUGAUGGCCGUGAAGAGUCUGUCAUGAAACGUACUACUCUUGUAGCUAACACAUCUAACAUGCCUGUGGCUGCUCGAGAGGCCUCUAUCUAUACAGGAAUCACAAUUGCUGAAUACUUCAGAGAUAUGGGUUACAAUGUUAGUAUGAUGGCUGAUUCUACAUCUCGAUGGGCAGAGGCUUUGCGAGAAAUUUCAGGACGUCUGGCUGAGAUGCCUGCUGACAGUGGUUAUCCUGCAUAUCUGGCAGCACGUUUAGCCUCUUUCUACGAGCGUGCUGGUAAAGUGAAAUGUCUUGGUGGCCCAGACCGUACCGGUAGUGUCACCAUUGUUGGUGCUGUUUCUCCUCCUGGAGGAGAUUUCUCUGAUCCUGUUACUUCUGCAACCCUCAGUAUUGUCCAGGUCUUUUGGGGUCUUGACAAGAAACUUGCUCAGAGAAAGCAUUUCCCUUCUGUGAACUGGCUUAUUUCCUACUCGAAGUAUUCAACGGCCUUGGAAUCUUUCUAUGAUAAGUUUGAUUCAGACUUUAUCGACAUCAGGACAAAAGCUCGUGAGGUGCUCCAGAGAGAAGAUGAUCUGAAUGAAAUUGUCCAGCUUGUCGGUAAAGAUGCUUUGGCAGAAACUGACAAGAUCAUCUUGGAAACUGCCAAGCUUCUAAGAGAGGACUACCUUGCCCAGAAUGCAUUUACCCCAUACGAUAAAUUUUGUCCCUUCUACAAGUCCGUUUGGAUGAUGCGCAACAUUAUCCAUUUCUACAAUUUGGCCAACCAGGCUGUAGAGCGAGGAGCUGGAAUGGACGGCCACAAGAUAACAUACAGUGUUAUCAAGCAGCGGUUGGGUGAUCUCUUCUACCGUUUGGUGUCUCAGAAAUUCGAGGAUCCAGCUGAAGGAGAGGCUGCUUUGGUGGCAAAAUUCACUAAACUUCACGAGGAUCUGACCAGCGGUUUCAGAAACCUAGAAGAUGAAACUCGAUAGACUUGGGAGAGAAAUAUUUGUAAAAUCCCCAGUCAUAACGACUAUUUAUUCUCUCAACGGGUUCUAAGUAUCAUCUUAGUUUCACUCUGUCUAUCGAUCUAUCUAUUGUAUUUUUCGAGCAAACCCUUGUGCUGGCGGGUUCUUCAUGUCGUGAAGACUUUGUGGUGCUUAGUUAGGCUGUUGUUUUAGUUUGAACAUUUAUUUAUCUCAUUUGUUUAUUUCGAUUGUUUUGAUUAUAUAUCUUCCUUCCUCAAGUUCUUUGUCAAAUAAGAGAAAAGAUACAAAACCAGGUAUAACUUAUUUUAUUGUAUUAAUAGUAAUAAGAUCUGGAUUCAGUUUUUUCUUCU